AUGGAAGUCCGCUUCAAGCACCUCCCCCAUGCUCUAGAAUUGCAGGACAACAAGCAGGUGUUGCCAGCCACACUUGGAGUCGCAGCCGCUGCUGGUGUAUCGCUCAUCCUCUUCACAGAGGCAGAGACAGCGCUACAGCUGCUGGGGUCUGCAGCCGCGGUUCAAGUAUUUGUGAAGAAGCUGCUGUUUGCCAAGGAUCGGAAAGAGACCAUCAAGCAAGUCCAGAACUUCCUGGAUACAAAGGUGGCACCGCAAGAGCUUUUGAGGGAGUGGUCGGGACUGAGCACUACCCUCGUCCCCAAGACCGAGGCGACUGCCGAGGCUGAGGCCGCAGCGGCAAGUCCUGUCCAGAUUCCUUCUGAAGCAGCGGACAAAGCUGCAGCCAGCUCAGAAGCAGACGCGGAGUUGCUUCCAGAGGCGACGGAGGAGGUGAUUCCGGAUGCAAAUGUCCCUGACUUUGUAAAUGAGGAAGAAGAGAUUGUUGGAGUGGUUGCAGAGGCAGGGAGCACGAAGUCAGAAGUCCAGGAUGCUGCCGAAGAUGCAACGAAGAGCAGCCGAGAAAGUGAGGAGCAGGCAGAAGCACAGGUUUCCGAGGGGGAAGACGAGGCUGCUCCAGUGGCAGAAGAGAAGACUGAGAGCGCUGCUGAGGAGCCAAUUCCAGAUGAGAAUGAGGAGAGCAUCCGAGAGGAGCCAGUUGCGGCGGAGAGCACUUUGACGGAGCCAGUCUCGGAGGUGAAAGCUGAGAGCAUCCCAGAGGAGCCAACUGUAAGCGCGGAAGUCAAGAAGGAACUAGAGGCGGCUGAAGCGGCUAUUCCAGAUGCAAACAUCGAGGACUGUGCAGAGGUGCCUAGUGCUGCCGCUGAAGGGCCUGAGGCAGAGGAUGCGGAGAGCGAGGAUCUGGAGGCAAGGGCUGAGGAAGUUCCUGAGAAGAUUGAAGAAGUGAGCGCUGUUGCCGAAGGGCUCGAGGAAAUGAACGAGGCGGCAGAGGAAGCGCUGUCGGAGGAGAAUGCUGAAGAGGAGGGUAGGGAGGAGGUUAAGGGUGAGGUUAAGGACGAAGUCAAGGCUGAGAAGGCUGUCGAGGAUGAGGUUAGCGAGGAGGGGGUGAAGCACGAGGUCGAGGACGAGGUUAAGGAGGAAGUUAAGGUUGAGCAGCCUGGUGCAGAGAGUCCCGAGGCUGUUCUCGAGUCCGUCAAAGAAGCGGCCGGAGAGGGUUUGGAAGGAGUGAAGGAGGCUACCAGCGAGGCCGUAGAGGGAGUCAAGUCGGCGGCACAUGGUGUUAAGUCAGGCGCACAGGAGUUGGCUGCCUCUGCAGCCGAGAAGUUUGACACCGCUGAAGGGGAGGACGACUCGGCUGAAGAGGACGCCUCGAGCUCUGACACGUCUGUGUUUGGACGAAUAGCAGAUGAGGAAACCGAGGAGGUUAGCAAGCCGGUUAGUGAGGUGGUUAGUGGGACUGCAGAGGCGGCCAGCGAGGCAGUCAAAGACUCUGCAGACACAGUCAAAGAGGAGGUUGAGGAGAAAGCGAAGGAAGCUGGGGAUGUGGUUAGUGGGGCCAAGGACGUGGUUAGUGAGGCGGUUAGCGGCCCCGCAGAGGCUGCACAGGAGUCGGUUAGGGAGGCGGCGGAGCCGGUCACUGGUGCCGCAGAGACAGUCAAUGAAGAGACGGAGGGGGCAGACGAGACGGAGACUGAGAGGGCGCCAGAAGAAACGGAUGAGGAAGUACCGGAAGGAACAGAGAUGGAAGCGACCGAGGGAGAAGAGAGGGGUGAAGAACAGGAAGAGGAGGGCACUGCCGAAGAGGACCAGACCAAAGUUACGGAAGCGGAGCGCGCGAUCAACCAGGCCCUCGCUCCGGGCACGGAGGAAACGGCGCCUGAGGCCGGGGUCAUCACGCUCCUGUACGACAGCGGCUGGGACAAGGCCUUCCUGCACUUCGCGGCCGAUGGCGGGAGUUGGACGGAACUGCCCGGGGUGCAGUUUGGCUUUGACGCCGAACAGGACAGCAAGGUCAUUCGCGUACCGGCCUCGUCACUCCAAUUCGUGGUCACUAACGGGGCUGGCGACUGGGACACGCCUCCUUACGGGGGCAACUAUUCUAUCAACACGAGCGGCACAUUUCGACUUUCUUUUGGAACGAUUUCACCAGUCUCGAAGGUCGAGAAGCAAUAAGGUUCUCCUGCAAAUGACUACUGCCAGGCGAACGCCAAAAUCAAGCCUUGUUUAGUACAGACGGACAUUGCAUAGGUCUCUCUAGGUAGAUGUCAUACUCUCCUGUGGCAAUUGGCUGGAACAGUAGUUGGAAUAAAAAAUUCUGAAGGGGUCGUACAGAAUUUGUAGGAUCCUUUCGAGAUCCUGGCCUCUUCCGUUUUGGCAUAGAUAAACUCGUAGGACAGGCAGGUCUCCCUUUGUCACCCGACUAAGUAGAGCAAGCAUAUUUAUGGGAACUGCUGGUACGGGAACUUUGUCUCAAGCGCAGCUCCUUUGAGAGUCUUGACUAUGUUUUGGCAGCAGUCCCAGGUGUUUGUCAGACGUUGUCUGCGUCGGCUUGCUUGGACUGUGCCAUAGCCUGUAUACACAAUGUCGGAAUCCGAACUGCCUGGUGCCUUAUUCCUUUCAUAAGCACGGACUGUAAACGCAAA